AUGUCACCUGGCACCAUCUCACCCCCCAGUUUGGGAACCACUGAGUACAUUGAUGUGACCAUUACAGACAAGAUUUACACGUAUUCAACCAAGUGGAAAAUUACAGCAUUUCCCUCUGGGACUGAGUAUUUGAAUCUCAAGUUGUCCAAGACAGAUCAGGAUAUCCCUACCGAUGCUGCUCUGCUCACGGAGGCAGAUGACAGACAAGAAGAAGAAACCUCCACAGAAUUCACCCACAGUCACAAGCAAGCUGUGUGGAUCCACGCUGACAAACAAGCGUAUGCAACAGAGGCAGAUGUAACAUUCGUUGCCAUAACAGAAGAAGAACCAGAGCCGCUAUAUUUUCUUUGGGAUUUUGGGGAUGGACCUGAGAUAAAGACAACCUCCAGAACCUUCACUAAGAGAUAUCGCCUUCCAGACAAAUACAAUGUGACUGUUAGCGUAUCUGAUGGUCUCACUUCUGUCAUCUCAGAAGUUUAUCCUAUUGUGAUUCAGAAAGCUGUGCAGCCCAACAGACUUCUGUACAAACCCUCUGUUUUAUUAAACAGCACUGUGAGCUUCACCUGCAGGAUCAACUCAGGCACUGAUGUCUCCUAUCACUGGAAAUUUGGAGAUGGAACAGAGCGAGAUGGACGAGUUACUGAACAUCACAUUUUUAACAGAAGUGGAGAAUAUGUAGUUGAGGUAAUAAUAUCCAACCUGGUGAGCUCUGCAUCCUUAACAGGACACAUCUUUGUGGUUGAAGAAUCAUGUCUGCCGCCCAUGGUAAAAAAUAUGGGCCCAAACAAAAUACAGCUGUGGCGGUAUCAGAAUGUGCGUCUUGCUGUGACUUUUGAGGCCCAGAUUCAAUGUAACAUUUCCAGAGGUCUUGUGUAUAGAUGGACUAUAUAUGACACGAGCGGACAGCCAUUGCUCAUCCCACACACAGAAACAGACAGGCAAUAUAUUGAACUGCCAAAGUUUUCCCUGUAUUAUGGAACAUAUAAAGCUAUAGCAAAGGUCCAGGUGGUCGGUAAUGUGGUCUACAGUAACUACAGUGUUGUUAUUGAGGUGAUGCUCAGUCAUCCUGUGAGUGUCAUUAAUGAAGCCACAAACAUUUUCAUCAGUCGUCAUAGUGGUACCAUCAUUACACUGGAUGGAAGAAAAUCAUAUGACCCAGAUUACCCAAAUAAUACUUUAAGUUACAGUUGGUCAUGCCGACCUAUGAACACAAAGGAGAGUAAAUGUUUCAAUAGAAACAUUCUGACCACUUCAGCAAUACUGCAGUUUCCCACAAAUUCCUUAAAAUCUGCCAUCGACCUGUUUCAAUUCACUCUCACUGUGCACAGCGGGAAUCGAUCGUCUUUGUCUGAGAUGUUCAUCACUGUUACAUCAAAAGAAGUCAGCAACAUUCAUAUGUCUUGUAAACAAUGUCAAGGAAAUUCAGUGAACUGGAAUGAACAGUUUUCAAUAUCUGCUUUCGAUAAUGAGUGUGGUUUCCAUCCCAAAAAUGGCACCUAUUACUGGAAACUUUACCUGGUUAAUGCCUCAAGCAAAGUUAAUACAGAGAUCCCAUUCUUCAGCAGUGUGGAUCUAGGUUUACCAUUCAGAAUAAAAGAAAACCUAUAUCUCUACCAACAGACUGUGACACCUUUCACUGAAGCCCCUUUAACUGAGCCCUCAGUUCCGGUGUCUCCUUAUCUUUUAUCUAACACUGGAUUUUCAGCCCCAAUUACACAUAAUAUCUUGACAUCAGUGAUUCAUACAAAGCCACAUGAUAUUAUUAACACUCAUAGUCUUAUUGAAAAUCCCAAUAUGUUCAAGCAUCCAUCUUUUCCUCCAACGACACCUUCACACCCAUCCUUCCCUCUGCCCUUUCCUGAGGAAACUGAGUCUUCUGGGGGUCAGUGGGAGUACCAGGGUUUUUUACCAGUCUCAGAUAGUGUGUCAUUGACUGAUGUAACUUCAGACUAUGAUUACUAUGGUUCUGGAAUUGAAGAGGCUGGUGGUGUCCCAGUUGGCAGACCAACAGAGAUCGAUUUAAUGGGAUUUAGCUGGAAUGGGAGUUACACCCUCACUCAUAUGACAAAGGGUGAUAACCUAGUGGACCCCAGUCUGCUUGGACAAGUGGUAUCCGAGAAGACCCUGCUGGAUCUUCACAGACAGCUCAUUCAUCAGACUGUAUUUGAGUCUUACACUUUCACAGGCAUUUCCUCUUCAGUUGUCACAUUUAAACCUUUUAUGCUUCAACCAAAGAGUCUCUAUAUGCUUGAGGUUUCUGCAAGCUGUGAGGGUGGGCAGCAGGGUAAGAGCCAGCUGUUCUUCCAUACGCAUGCCGUUCCCAAGGGAAUGAGCUGCCAAAUUCAGCCCAGCACAGGCUUUGAAAUCCACACUCAUUUCAGCAUCUUCUGCUCUUCUGGAAGAGAGGAUCUUGUGUUUGAGUACAGUUACAGUGUUGGAAAUGGUCAGAGGAGACUCCUUUAUGAGGGAAGAGAUUUCCAACAUUACUUUAAUCUUCCUAGUGGGGAUCCCAAACACGAUUACAAAGUCACAGUCUUUGUGAAAAUACAGAAUAGACUCGGAGCAGCGACCAAACAUUCCCCUGUGACCGUCACCGUUCUGCCAAGCUUUCAGAAGAACUCCUCCUCUCAUCUUAGCCCUGAUCAAGAACUGUAUAUAUAUGGAAUAGGUAACUUAACCAGUCUAGUCCGAAUCGGCAGUGACAGAGACGUCAUCAACUACAUUCAUCUUCUGAGCACUGUGCUAAAGCGCCUGAGUCUGAACCAAGAGUCCUCCGCAGAUCUUCUGACGCUCACACGCUCAGCUCUUAUUUCAGCCAUCUGUCAGCUGACCAUCACUGACCAGGGACUUUUAUGUGAAAUCAUUCACAUGCUUACUGAUUUAAUAAAAAUCUCUAGUCAGGUGAUGUUUGAUAGUGCAAAUCAAGUAAUCCAGUAUGUUCAUAACAUUUCGUCGAUCAAACAUGAGUCCAAAGCAACAGGACACAGCCUGGAUAUUGAGGUGGUGAAUGCAUUGGUUUCUCUCCUAUCGGUUGUCCUGGACGCUCCUGUGCUUUCUUUCAGACCAGGACACCAACUUAUAAACAAAAUCCUUUAUACCAUCAAUAAUUUAGUACUGAGGUAUAUGUUGUCCAGCAAUGUCCCACAGUACAAUGUGAGCACCACUUCAAUGAAAGCAUUAGUCUGGAAGGUUGACCAUCACUCUCACACUAUGGUGAAACCAUUCGACUUCACCACGUUCCACCUCAGUGACUUUCUGGAGAUGCAAUUUCAGCAGUGGAGUAGCAAUACCAAGACAAGCCGUGCUUUAUUAUCUGGAUCUCAGAGUACAGACGGAGCCCCUACCACUGGGCUAAACCCUCCUCACAGCCCAUUGGAAACGCAGCAGAUAUUCGUCUCUACAACUGCACCACUAAGAAAGAAAUCAAAGUGCGACACCUGUUCACGCCGGUCACCAUUGAGUUUCAGAGGAAAGAGGAGGGAAAUCAGAGCAGACAUGCGGCGUUCAGUUCUUCGUAGUCAGGUGAACACCCAUCAGUUCAACAUCACACCAAAGAUCCAGCAGAGAGCCAUUCACAUCACUGUGCGAUUUAGCAGACCAGCUGAACGUCCUUUUCCAAUCCUAUUAUUGCUGAGGAUGUAUCACAGGCCAACACCUAAACUGUACAAUGAGCAGAAAGUAUAUCAGUGGAAAGGGCAGACGGCACACAUGUUUAUCCCAGCAUCCUCUCUGCAUGUUGCUGGCUCUGUCUACCUGAUGCUUCUCAAUGCUGACUAUAAUCAAAGCCUAAGUAACAAGUACAUUGCCAGAGCUGUAAACUACACUCUUAACAUUGAGUCUGUGGAGUGUUUGUCAUGGGAUGGUGUGAGAGAGUGGAAAUCCAGUGGUUGUUUUACUCACAGUGGAGUUUCCCCAGACAAGAUCAAUUGCAGCUGCAAUCACCUGGCAUCAUUUGCCGUCUCACAUGAGAAAAUCACAAGCAGUUACAACUCAGCAGAUGUUUCACAGUUUAACCCCUCUAAUGCAAACUACACACUGAUCAUUGUGACGGUAAUAUUCCUGAUCCUAUAUGUGGUGAUGCUGGCCAUCUGUAGGCGUGCCGAUGUUUCAAUGCAGAAAACUACAGGUUUGUUCCUGUUGCCGGAAAACAAUCCCUCAGAUCAGUUCCUAUACGCUGUCACCAUUAAAACAGGAUUUCGAUCUAGGACCACGAUGACAGCACAGGUCCACAUUGUUCUGUAUGGAGAUGACGGUGUCUCACAAACCAGGGAGCUCAGCAGCCUCGACUCGAAACUUUUUACUUGCAACUCUAGGAAUACCUUUAUUCUUAGCACUCCAGAGAGUCUGGGUCGAGUAUGGAAGGUGCAUCUAUGGCAUAAUAAUGGAGGUUCAUCUCCCAGCUGGUAUCUGAGUCACGUGGUGGUCCGAGACCUGGUGCAGGGAUCCUGUUGGUUCUUUCUCGGCCAGUGCUGGCUGGCAGUGGACGAAGGAGAUGGGAAGGUGGAGAGGAGCCUUACUUCUUCUAAAUACGGCCUGACAUUUAAACAGCUCCUAUAUUUAAAACUCACAGAGUACCUGAGCGACUUUCAUCCAUGGCUUUCAGUCUACAGUUGUCCAUCCUACAGUGCAUAUACACGUGUGCAGCGUUUAAGUGUGUGUAUGCUGCUUCUACUGGGUUACAUGUGUGUCAACACUAUACUCAUACAUAUUUGGGAAGAACAGCACUUCUUAGACAUGGGCCUUAUCGAUGUUUCACCGGUCUCCAUGGUAACAGGGCUGUGCAGCGUUCUUGCUGUGAUGCCGGUCGGGAGUCUGGUAUCUCUGGUGUUUCGUGUCAGCAAGGCAAGCAUAUCCAAACAUUUAUCAGAAGAGCAGUAUAAGGUUAAAGUGCCUGAUGUCUACUCUGUAGAAGAUCACCAUGAUGCUCUUCUGAUGAAUGAUUGCACAUUUGAGCCUAAUCUUUCCUCCCGAUUACCCCAGAGAAAGGAACAUAAGUAUGGUACUCAGAAUCAAACAGCAUGUGAUUCAACGUCUGCAUCAAAACUGCAGGAGGAUCCUGACGCUAUCGUUGAGAUGGUGGAUAAAAGUGGAUCAGAUUUCAACAACAGACCACAUGACCUGAAGAGACAUCAGGUUUGUGUUGGCAGAAUCCGUCGAAUCAGUAACCUUCAGUCCUGCUGUCAUUAUUUGGGCUGGACCCUGUGCAUCUCCCUCUCUCUUAUGUGUAUCAUCAUCACUGCGUCUUUAGGAAUAAAGUACAGCAGAACAAAAGCUCUUCUGUGGAUUCAUUCAGUUUUCUUUUCGCUUGUCUGCUGUGGCUUUGUACUACACCCAGCAAUGAUACUCAUAAUUGCUAUCAUUGUGUCUCUAAUCCAUCGAGAGAGACCGGACUGGUUUCAUAGUCUUAGUGUUAAAGGCCCCGUCAAUGAGUUAUUAAGACAUGGUGGACUAAAAACACACAAUGACUUGUUUAACCCAAACCAACAAACACAGGGGAAAAUAACACAUUUUCAAAAGGUGCUUGCAGCCCGUCAGAGAGCCAGGUACCUCCGUCUGGUGCGCCCACCAAAUCCAAGAGAGCUGAAGACAAUGAGGAGUCAGAUUAAGAAAAGGACUUUCCUUCACAAAACUGCAAGGGAUUUGAUGGUACAUCUCAUCAUGCUGUCACUGAUUCUCUUUGUCACCUACGGAAAGUCUGACAAUGACCUCAAGUACCGCUUGAAUCAUGCUAUAACGACUCACUUCACAAAGGGCCCUCAUAAUUCAUUUCACUCUAUUGAAAGACAAGAUGAUUGGUGGAACUGGACAGCAUCUACAUUCCUGGAGAAACUAUAUCACAGCCAUGAUAAAGUAGACAUUGAAAAAAUGCCUUUAGGAGCUGCUUACUCUCUCAUUACAACUCCGGUUAUUAGAAAGAUUGACAGCACAUCAUCCCAGAUGUUGAAUUUGUUUGGAAAGAACAACAUUAUAUACUCACAAAGUGAGAGUUUGAAUGAAGACUCUGUCACAAGCUCUAAUGACCAAUCUGUGAUAGAGAGACACUCGCUGUGUGGACAGCUUGGUUGUUAUGAGGGAAAAGGAGUCAGUGUCAACCUGGGAAAAACACGGUCUCAAGCGAUGAAGGUCAUUAAAAAGCUUCAGAGUACUGGCUGGAUGAUUCAGUUCACCCGUGUUGUGAUGAUCCAGUUUCUUCUUCACAAUGCGCCGAGUAAUCUCUUCACGUCAGUCACUAUUCUAGUGGAGCAAACGCCAAUAAGAACCCUAAAAACUUCAGCCACUGUACAGUCUACAAGACUCUACCAUUUGCCACUAGCUCUUGACUACAGUAUUAUGGCCUGUGAGCUUCUAUUACUUUUAACUAUUCUGCUUCAAAUGUAUUGGCAAAUAUAUGUGAUGACUCAAAGAGGGUGGCUUUACUGCAGAAACCCUUGGAAUUGGCUGGAGGUGGCAGUUAUCAUCUGUUGUCUUUCACGCUAUGCUUGCUCUGUUUACCACUUCAUGCUAAAAACAGAGAUCAUUGAUUUCCUGCAGAGGAUGGAUUUUAAAUUGUAUGUUGAUUUAAGUCCCAUCUUUCGUUGUGAAAAGAUUUUUCUAUCAGUCCAUGGCAUUGCCGUGAACUUGCUUCUCCUGAAGUGUGUCCUCUUUUUACGGCUAAACAAAACACUGGCAGGUGCCGUCUCCACUUUGAACCAAAUCUUCUCCAGCCUGCUUUGGUUACUGGCACCCGGUGUUGUUGUCACAGUGGCCUUCUCCUGUCUGUGGAACCUGAUCUUGCAUUCAUUCCCAUCUACUAGCAACACAGGAUUCGUUGGUCUAUUUUUUUCUCGCUCAUCUCUUAUAGACCACUUUAUGUAUUACCAAACCCAGUCAACACUUCAUUUUGGACUUUUGUUGAUACCCUUAAAAGCUAUGUUAAUUGGCAACCUUGCGAUUAUUGUGAAACAAACAAAAAGGACUACAAAGAGGAAAGAUAUAAUGACUUUCUUUGAGCUGAUGUCUUACAUGAAAAAUAAAGCUUUAUGCUUCAUCAGCAAAGGCAGUCACAAGGCAACUUAUCACCAUGUCCAUACAAAUAGUUUGUGUUUUGCAGAAUUUGAGGAUCUAAUGGAUGAGCUACUGUUUCAUCUAUGCGCCAUGUCAGACAGUCUCACCCUUCAAGCAAAACAAAAUGUAUAUGAAACCCAAAGCAAUUUCUCUUUCCCAAUUUCUCAGCAUGAUUGUGGCUCAGAGAGUGCUGAUUUUGAUGUGACGUGUGCGAGUAGCCAGUCAAACAAGUUUAGGAAGUUAAAACAAAGAGGAAGUUUGGACCUGAGGGGUGUUUCAUCACACAUAGAAAACACUUUAAGAGCACCACUUCAAAUAGCGUCGUACAUUGACAGAGGAGCAACCCAGGAGAGCCAUUCAAAAGGGCCAAAGGAGUACAGAAGCCACCUGAAAGAACCUCAUUCAAGCAAGCAGCUCAACAGUGCCCCAGCUGAGUGGAUAGGCAUAAUGGCCUCUAAUAAAAGACUCUCUGACCCAGCCAGGAUAGGAGAUAACCACAGUAGCGUUGAAAAAAGCGACUCUCUCACCCAAAUUAAAAGACACACUGUUCAAACCACUACAUCUUGUGAAGUCAUCACAAGUCAGACAACUAACACUAAUUCAUAUCAGCUUAAUGUGUUGACUAUUGAGGGAAUGGUCAAUUACUGUGUGGAAGAGCAAACAAUUAUUCCAGGGUACAUUGAACAAUGCAUGUAAUUCAAUAUGACACAAAUUUUUUAUGAAAAUUUCUAAGCCGAAUUUCAAAAUAAUUUGUAAUAAAACAUAUGUAUUAAAUCGU